CGACCUCGACCAGCAAGCAUCGCAGCAACUCCCGUGUGCCGCACUCGCGCGACUAUACGCGUCCUCCCCCCCUCCCAUUAAUUCCCCUCCCCUCGUCAAUAUUUUCCGCGAGUAAUUACCGAACAACUGAAUUACUGGGGAUUGAAAAAAAAAUUUUUUUUUCAAGUGAGCGAUCGCGGGACCAGGCGUUCCCCAAUGAGAUGUCUGACUGAAAAUUGUUAGAGAGAACAUUCGCUCGAAAUUUCAUCAAGUUACGAGUAAUUGCAUAAUGGGUGCUAAGUGCUUCUGGGGUUCGUUGGUCCUGAUGACCUGCAUUACAAGUGUAGCCCUCGCUAAUGUUCAGAGCAGGGUCAGGUGCGCCAAGGACUCCAUGGAGGUGGAUAUCUUCAGGAGCAGCCCUCAGGCGGAAAUAUAUCUUCAACAGUUGAAGAAUUAUCCUGAUGAGGCGUGCAAGCCUGUUCUCAGCGAUGGCGUCGCGACGUUUAGACUGUCAUUGACGGAACAGGCAAUGUCUCGGUGUGGAAUAACACGAGUUGUCAAUAAAGUCACCGGUCAGAAAGUCUACUAUCAUCGGAUCAUUGUGGAGGAACCGGAUGAUUCCACCAAGCACACAUUCACGGUAAAGUGCAUUGUGACCGAGUUUAUUCUCCACUCGGAAGUUCCACGAAAUCACACGAUUGUGAGGAGAAACAUUCUGCCGGCUGAAUUCAAGGAGGACGACACCAUCGAUUUCCGUGGUGAGAUAAACGGUACAGCACCAAUCCCCCUCCUAAACGUCGGUGUUCGACAAAAUGGUAAUCUUGUCACUGGUGAACUCAAUGUCAGUCCUGGUACCCCGUUGCAGAUGGAAAUCUAUCUGGAUAAUAAUUCAUCGCAUGUUUAUGGUCUUCUCGUGACUUAUAUGCAGGUCACUGACACCAAGUACGCCGAGGAGACUAUCAUUUUUAAUGGGUGCUCAGUGGAUCCUUAUCUCUUCGAGAACUUUAAUACAGUGGACGGGGACUUCCUGACUGCUAAAUUCAGAGCCUUCAAGUUUCCUGAGAGCACUUACGUACAGUUCACAGCGACCGUUAAUGUGUGUCUCGACAGAUGCGAGGGGGUUGAAUGCAGCAGUGGACAGACUGGAUUUGGGAGAAAGAGACGAGCUAUAACCUCAGACGCUAAGAAAGAAAAGUUUGUUUACACAACUACAACAUUUAUGAGGGUCGACUGGGACGAGAACACAAUCGGAAACGAGUCGCUAUCCCACUUCGUGAGGAAAGGCACACGGAGAUCAGCACAAGCAGAGCAGCCGGUAAUUGCCGAGGAGAUUGAGGAGCAAUUAUUUUACAAAGUAACUGAGGCUGAAGUCAGCGCCUCAAGCACAAUUUCCAUCAGUUUUCUCGCGAUUCUAUUCUUCUGUAUGCAGAAAUUACUCUAAGAACAUUGUUAUAAAAAUCGUGGAACUAUUUUUAAUUGAGUUAACAUUCAAUUCAGCUAAAUGGAACACUCGGUGUAUUCAUUUAUUCGGUAGCAACGCCAUGACUCUCUGAUUCACUGUUGAACGAUUUAUUUUCUUUUACUGCUGAAUGUUGCUGAGGGUUCCAAAUGUUUCAACCACUUAAUGUGAUACUAAAAUAACGUUUAAAUCAUUGCUAUAAAGGUUAGAGAAGGAUAAAACGUUAACUGAACGAAGUCGCGCUAGGAAAUGAUGGAUUAAUGAGAUACAAUGACUCGAUUGUUUCUCCACUCUGCGACUGCUAGAUUUUUAAUAAUCUUGAUGUUUUUUUUUUGUGUGGAAAAUUGGCUUUUGCAAGUGGAGAAACCUGAGGAACUAGUCGUACGACGUCGUUGAGUAAUUACAGUAAUUUUAAGUGUAAUUUCUAAUGAUUGAUUAUGAAUUUUCGUUUCCUCUUUCGUAACUGCUAUUUUUUAAUUACGUAUUGACUUUUAGGUAAGAGAAAUUUAAUAAAGGCAAUUUCAAGUA